AUGGAGGCAAAAUCCAUUUUAGUGCACAUAAAUUUUGAAUUUAUUUUUUGUUUACAUCUCUUUUGUGAUACAUUUAGUCAAAUAAAAAUUGUAUCUGAUUAUUUACAAUUACCCAAUUCAGAUAUAGGAACUAGUUGCUUAAUGGUCGAAUCAUUAAUUGAUUAUCUUAAGGAAUUUCGAACAGUUGAUAGAUUAUUUAAUGUGCUCUUGGAAAAAGUUGUUUUGUUUGCGGAAAAUAAUAACAUUCUAUUGCCUGAAGAAAACAUAAUGUGUAAAAGAACUAAUCGUAAAUUGCCUGUUAGAUUUGCAUCUUAUAUUACAGAACUACCGACAUCUGAAAAUAGUACGGUUAUGUGCAAGAAUGAUGUAAAAAUAAUCAUAUUUAAUCCUGUAAUUGAUAGAAUGAUCAAUGAACUACAACGAAGAUUUUCUGAUAAUAAUCCAAUAUUAUCUGGUAUAAGUUCCUUAAAUCCUCAAAAUAAAUCCUUUUUAGACUUUCAAAAAUUAUUACCUUUUGCUAAGCACUAUGAUGUUGAUAUUGAAAGCUUGGAAUCUGAACUUAAGUUAAUACCCAAACUCAUAAAAAGACAUCAGAUAGAAAAAAAAACUAAAACUAACACUAUACUCGAUUUCAUUCAAUUAUUAGAAUGUUACAAAUUGGCUUUUUCUGAACUAUAUUUACUAUGUACCAUAGCAAUUAUCAUACCUCCUUCCAGUGCCGGAGUGGAGAGAACUUUUUCUAGCCUCCGACAAAUUAAAACUUAUUUAAGAAAUAAUAUGAUUAACUCAAGACUAACAGAUAUAGCAAUUCUUUCAAUUGAAAAAAACAUUUCUAAAAAUCUAGAUAUGGAAAAGGUUGUGGACAAGUUUUCUGCUGCUCAUCACAAUCGAAAAAUAAUGCUUAUUUAA